AGAAUUAUUUUCUUUUUGCCUGAUCAUAAAUGUCACUGAAACAUUAAGAAUACAUAAGUAAAGUCGCUAAAUAUAUUUAAUUCUGAGAUAAUAUGAGUUAAAUAACCUUAAAACUUCUGACGCAGAUUUCGCGGUAAAUACGAGAGAUAUUGAUUUUCUUCAACCCUCUCAUUGAGGGGUUGCUUUGUAAUUUCUGAUUGGUCGUUGAAAUCUAGGGAUGAGGGAAAAUCAAGGUUUGAAGGCGCCUCGAAUGGGAUAGUUAUAUACGUUUGGUGCAUCUCUUUCAUUCUUACUCCCUAGUGGUUUAUGAUAUCCUGGUACCAUGGGUUUCUUACUAGAGUAGGAAAAUUGGUACCGUCUCUCAAUGGCGCCACAAAUUAACGAUAGCAUCUUAGCAUUUUAUUUAACUAAAAGGACAUUAUCUUAUAGAGCAAUAAUGGCGACAAAAUUUAAUACUCGAAAUCAAUAUUACCAAACACAUGUAAUGAAAUAUGAACCGAUUAUAACGACAUAUGGUUUGAGCGCAAAUAUGAAGCGAAGGCCAGUUCACGUCAGUGGUCUGCAUGUAAGAGACAUGAAUCUGUUUUUAAUUCUCUAUAGUGUAAUAGCAGUAGUUGUAGCUAAGCAUACGAGCGACCAUAAAUGUGAUGGCUUUCUUGUGCAUGGAAAAUGCCACAAAGCAGAAGUCCUAACAAAUGGAUUAAACCGGCCGUAUCAACUAUCAUAUUCGAACAGUACUGAUAGACUUUACUUUAGUUACAAUGUGGGGUUUCAAAACACAAGUACUUUUGAAAUCGGUUACAUAGAUAUUGGGAAACAUCAAAAGAUCCCAACGCCAGUUAAUGUCACCAAUGGAUUUGCCACUGCCAUUGAUCACAAAAACGAUAUUAUUUACUUUGGUGGCAGUGAAGGUAUUUUCAUGGAUAAUCUUACCGAUUCAAAAGAUAUCCAUCCAGUACAUUUAAAAUUUGAUGUAUGGGACUUAUUUUACAGACAUCAUUUAUAUUUUAUCCGUUACCCAACUAUGAGAUUAUACAAAAUUUCAAAGGGACCAAGACUUCAAAAACAUAUCCAUGAAAAAAUAUAUCAAUUCGUAAUAGAUAAAGAUGAAGAUAUAUUUAUCACGAAUAAAACUGGAUUAUUUAUGAUAAAAAAUGGGACUAACGAACGUAUAUUAUUCAAAGGAGCGCAGAUAUUCAGAGCAAUUGAGAUAAAUCAUGAAGGAAACGCUUAUUUUUGUGGACAAAAUGAGAUAUACGUCGCGAAUAAACAUCAUCAUAUUUUAGAGAAAAUAGCAGACAAAAAAGACAUAUUUGGAUUAACAUUCGACAGUGAAAAUAACAUUAUAUUUUCAGAUCCAGAUCAAAUAGUGAGAUUAACUCCAGAAGAUAAAUAA